AUGGCUGCGCCGCUCCCCUCCGCCUGCCCGCCUGCCCGCCCGCCCGCCGGCCGACCGACCGACCAGCCGCCCUGGCCCCCGAGGCGGCGGCGGCGGCGGCGGCCGGACACGUUGCCUGGCCCCGUGGCGAGGCCGCCGCGGAAGGGGCAGCGCCCGGCUCCCCCGGCCCAGCAGCCCGGCCGGCGGAGGCUCCUGCGAGGAGCCUGCGCCAAGCGGCAGGGGCCUUCGGGGCGGGGGGGCUGCGGGAGCCGCCGGCGGGCCGGCGGAGGGGGCUCCGGCGAGCCCGACGGGCCUGCCCCCCCCUCCGCCCCGGCCGCCGCCGAGGAGUUCCCGCGAGGCCGGCUGGGCUUCCGCGUCCGGUGGCCGCGGGCGGGCGGGCGCGGAGCAGCCCUUGCCGUUGGAGCGAAGUUGCCCGCAGGCAGGCAGGCCGGCCCCGCCGCGGUGGCGGCGGCUCCUUGCGCCAGGCAUCGUGUUAUCGGGCUCGGGAUCGCGAAAUCAUGGCCGCGGCGAGAGGCUUUCCGGCUGCUGCGGGCCCGGCGGCGGAGGCGCCCCCGUUAUCCGGGCAGCGCGCCGGUGGGGGUGGCCCCUUGGCCGCGGCGCUUCUCCUGCCCGGGCAGCGCUCGCUCGCUCGCCCGCCUGCCCGCCCGCCUUUCGGCAUGGCGCUUGCCGGGCAGUGUCUGGCCGGCGCUCCGACAGGGAGCUGCUCCUGCUGGACUCCCCUCUGCCCGCAGGCAGGUGAACGCCCCCCCCCACCUGCGGGGCUGCCCGGAGGCUGCUGGGCGGCCUUUCUGCUGGGCUCCGGGGGGGUCCCGCGUGGCGCCGCAGCCGCCGCACCUUCUGCCCCCGGCCCCACUUGGAAGGCGGGAUGAAGGGCCCAGCGGGGUGGGUUGGAGGGCCCUGGCCUAG